AUGGAUUUCCUCAGGAAAGUUGGAGCGUGGAUUGCACCACCUCCGGCAAAGUCAGAGGAUGGUCGCGACCAAUGGCCAUCCCGGGCAGCCUUCUUACUCGCAGCCAUGGGAGGCUGCGCCGGGCAGGGCAAUCUUCUUCGAUAUCCUUCCGUGCUAUACAAUAACUACGGACUACAAUGGUUCAUUCCAUAUCUGCUUGCAGUGUUCCUUAUCGCUAUACCUGCACUUAUACUGGAGGUGUCCAUUGGGCAAGCGUACCGUGGAGGUACAGUCAUCGCCUUUAACAACAUCAACCGUCGUCUCAAAGGUGUCGGUAUGGGCCCUGUGAUCGUGUCCUUCCUGGUCGUACAGUACUUCACCGUCAACCUGGCCUGGAUCAUGAACUACUUUCGGUACAGUUUCACGAGCCCUUUGCCAUGGGAGAACAGAAUAGAAGACUUCUACUGGAACGAUAUCUUGCAGGUUGGCGACAUUAUUGAAGGAAGUCUCAGUGCCGAUGGAAAUUCAGUCGCAGCCUACCAGCAAUAUCCGAACAGAGCGCUUAUUGGAGAAACUGUUGGCUGGUCAAUCUUCAUCUGGUUUUUAAUCUGGAUCUCUAUCUUCCGCGGCGUGGGCAUGACAGGUCGUGUCGUCUACUUUACCAUGGGUCUACCGAUCGUAACAACUAUCAUUUUCGUCGGCCGCGCACUGUCUCUUGACAACGCCAGCGAGGGUGUUGCACUUAUCUGGCGGACCUGGAGAGCCGAUCAACUGGCAUCAGGCACUGUCUGGCAAGUCGCAGUCGGUCAAGUGUUCUUCUCCACCGGAAUCGGAUUCGGCUACUUUACUUCCUACGCAUCUUACAACCAGAAACACAGCAACGCGGUGAUGGACGCUAUCCUCAUCUGCGGAUCUAACGUCCUUUUCGAAAAUUUUGCAGCUUUCGCUGUCUUUGGUGUUGUUGGGUACCUGCGCAGAUGGCCUACUGAUGGCGUAAGACUUGGGGCCUUCGUGGUCGGAUUUCUAACAUUACCGGAGGCCGUGCUGCAAAUGCCAGGCGCGAACUUCUGGGCUGUACUCCUGUUCUUCACUUUGGUAGUCCUCGGCUUCAGCUCCGCUUUCGUCAUGCUGGAUGUUGUCGUCACCUUAAUCUGCGACUCUGGAAUGGUCAAGGCUUCGCGCCCGACCGUCGUCACAGUGCUCACGAUCAUGUCCUUCCUCAUGUGCCUACCGUACUGCACGGAGUUCGGAUACUACCUUCUCGAUGGAGUCGAUCGAUGGGUGAACAACGUAGCAUUGAUCUUCGUGGUAUGGUCCGAAGUGUCCAGCGCUACGACUGUCUACCGCUGGAGAGACAUAGUCGACCAGACUGGACUUCCUGCUUUUAUUGUCUACAACGUUGGCUUCUUCGGAGGACAAGUUUUCGGCAUAUCGCUGGCCCACGGAAUAUCGAAUGCCGCUGCAGGCGCCGGGGCUGGAAUCGCAUUCUGGGUUGUCAUGUCCAUCGUGGCUGUGCUCGUCGCACGCUCGCCUGAUGCGUCGGCGCCUAGCUUCUGGAAUUGGAACAAGCUUGUGCGAAAAUUUUGGUUCCUUGCAUUUUAUUCGGGCAACCAAAUCCGACGCGACUUGAACGUGAUCGUCGGACAAGGAAAAAAUUGGAAAAUUCCCUUCUUCCUUCCCGUCCUGCUCCGCUACAUCUCAGGGCCCGUCCUCGCAAUCAUCUUCUCAUUCGCCUUCCCAGAGUUCCAUACCUUGAGAUACGACCCGAUGAUGAUCACUGGAUUCAUCCUCUCCAUCUUGACCAUCAUUGUAGUUUUGGUGGGCGCCGUGAUGCCCCGGUACUACGAUGCAUUUAUUCCUAUAGAACGAAAAGACGAAGGCACCGAACCAACGAUCGCAAUGGAAACCAAAGGCGAAGUCGCAGGAUUGCCUAUCAGCGAGGUGGCGAAUGCUGAAAGUGGACAUGGAAGCAUGAUGAGAGAGUCCUCUCUGGAACACGACGACAAGGCUGUGAAUAGUGAUGAACCACCGCCAGCGUAUAAACCAGCGCGUUGA